AUGUUGCUUCACCCUUACUUCAUCUUUGAUGGACCAGACUGUCCCCAACUCAAGAGGGGAAAAGACAUUGUGGGUUCAACCUUCCCAUGUCUCCUUGUGCAGCACUUUCAAGAAUUACUGAUGGCAUUUGGCUUCAACUGGCACAUGGCCCCAGGAGAGGCAGAUGUGGAGCUCACAAAUCUUCAAUCCUAUGGACUAAUUGAGGCUGUUGUGACACCAUACAAUGACAUGCUACUGUUUGGCAUGACCUGCAUUAUAUGCAGGUACAAAGACAUUCUAGUUUACUCCUCCAAAGACAUAGAAAAUGGCAUUGGUCUUGAAUUGGGGGACCUCUAUCUGAUUUUGUUGAUGAGCAGUGUGGACACUGAGGCAAUUGGUGGUGCAGCAUGGAUGUUGCCUUUUGCUGAGUUCAUGAGCUUCAUUUCCAAGUGGUGUGACAGCAUCUGUGAGGUGCUAAGAACAGAUCCUCAACAGUUCCUUGGAUGUAGACACUAUGAACUUGCCUGCAUCAUCACGGAGGAGUGCAUUGAGUUCCCUGACCCCACUGUCCUGGCAAUGUAUCUUUUACCUCUUACCUCAUGGUUGGACAAUGGACACCCUUCUGUUACCAUUGUGAUGUCUCACAAACCUGAUCUCACAUCCCUGGUGGAAUUUUGUUUGCAGCACCUUGACUGGCCACUGGAUGUCAUUCAGUCCAGAUUGGCAGAUGCUUGUGCUGGUGCCACCAUACACACACUUCUACAGCUGCCAGGCAAUGUCAAUGGCUACUUCAACAAGUUGCUGUCCUCACCCACAUACAAGCUCUCUGUUCCAAUCCAACCCCUUGCAACAUCAGGUGAGAAGAGUGAUGGUGAUCCAUUCUAUGACAUGGAGAUUGCAGCAGUCAUGUUGGAAUAUUUGAGGCCUGACUUAGUGUUGGGCUCUGUCUGUCCAACUUCCCCAUUGCCUAGUGUGGAGCUUGCAGAUGAGAAUGUGGAUGCCUAA